AUGAAGAUCCCUGCACCUCUACUCUGCUCCGUUUUCAUUGUCUCUUUAGUCGCAUUAACGUCUUCUUCUUCAGAUGACUACUGCUCCCCUUACUCAUGCAACCACGUCUCGGGACCGGAAAUCAAGUUUCCUUUCCGGGUCAUCGGCCGGCAACCGGAGCGGUGCGGCUACCCCAACCCGGGGUUUAAUCUCUCCUGCAAUCACCAAGGGGAAACGAUUCUCACCCUCCCGUCAACUCCAGGCAGUUUCGUGGUGAACGAUAUAGACUACGCCUCCCAAAUCAUACGAAUCUCUGACCCUCACAAAUGCCUUUCCCAAAGAAUCUUAAACCUUUCUCUGGCCGGCAGCCCGUUCCGGGCUCCCAACGGUACGCGUUACACAAUCCUGAGUCGUCCGUUUGCGUCUAUGCCCAAGCUGAUGGUGUUUGCCGUGCCGAGUUCUUUUUGGCUGAAGGCGCCGGCGGAGUUAAUAGUUGCAGAGAAUGUUAGCAUACCCAGCGCUGUAAUAAUCUGGGAGAUGGCCGUUAUUACUCAGCUGGAGUUGCGGUGGGAGAAGCUCUGGGCGGCUUCAGCUCCGAUGAGGGUUUGGAAAUUGAAUUGGUUGCUCCGAUCCUCCUCCUCAUCCCAAUUCUUCCAAAGGUAG